AUGAACUCGUGCAACUCGAUCAACCUUGAUGGCACACAGAAGCCAUUGAGUGAAGAGCGAGGGACAUAUGGGCAUGCCCAAAAGAUGCGUGCCUCUAUGACAUACGCGUUUGGUAGGCUCCAGGGGCUUGGAAAUAUGUGGUGGCACGAGUCGGAUGUUGGAGGUGGUGUCAUGGUUGGCAAUCCCUCCAUAUCAACGGAGGUGUCCUCUUUCAUGUGCUCGCUCCGACGUCGCAAGGUCAAGGCUGGUGAGGUGGCAACUAGUGCCCGUGCCAUAACAACGGACAUUCUGUUCAAACUUUACCACCACAACCACCUCGACGAAAACUGGGCUAUUCAGCCUUACCAGCCUGGCGAGCGCCUCAACUCACACCGCUGGGGUGGUGGCCGUGCUCGGAGGCUGUUGCAGGCCGCAUACACCAUAGCAUUUGUGUGCAUGCUGCGCUUCGACGAAGUCCUCAAGAUCCAGGCGCACGAUUUUGGAGUGUUCGAGAAGGGGGUUGAUUUUGUUUUCAUAUCUACUAACUACCACCCAGAUAUCAAACCCUUCCACUUGUGGGCCUUCCCACCACACGAGGCCCACAUCUGCCCUGUCAGAGCCCUUGCAGCCUGGCUGUCCGAGUCGAGGAUCAAGUCUGGGUAUGUUUUUCGGAAAAUAGCCUCAGGUGACCGCAUAGCAGAGGCCAACACUCCAAUGACCUCCGAACAAUUCUUAGAGCUUUUUCGCAACAACUUGCUGGACAUAGGCAUUGAUCCGGCCCCAUAUGGCACCCACUCAUUCCGACGAGGAGGCUGCCAGUACCUACACAUCGAAAGGCAUUGGGCGCUAAGGAAGAUCUGUGAGUGGGGAGGCUGGAGUGCUGAAUUUUCGAAUCUGACCAUAGUCAAAUAUCUCAUCUCAUCGAACGACGACCCUGUCGAGCCGAGGGAGCAUUUUUUCAAUCCUGAUAGACCUCCCACUGUCAAGUGCCCACACUGUGGGAGAUGCUGCCCUUGUGGCUGA